CCUGCAGCUGUUGAGGAGAGCGAACCUACAGCAGCAGCAGCAGAGCCCGCAGAGCCUGAAGCUGUGGCAGAGAGCGGAGACUCUGCAGCUGCCUCUCUCAAGGUCCCCUCACACGCCCCCUACCUCCUGAUUGGAGGAGGUACCGCCUCCUUCGCUGCCGCCCGGUCUAUUCGAGCCAGAGACCCCGGUGCCAAGGUGCUGAUUGUGACUGAAGAGCCAGACGCUCCAUACAUGAGACCCCCUCUUUCCAAAGAGCUGUGGUUCUCUGAUGACCCCAGUGUGACGGAAACACUGCGUUUCAAGCAGUGGAAUGGAAAGGAAAGGAGUAUCUUCUUCCAGCCACCAUCAUUCUACAUCACUGCAGAGGAAUUGAGUAGUGCAGAAAAUGGCGGAGUGGCCAUUCUCACAAACAGAAAGGUGGUUCACAUGGACGUGAGAGGAAACAAAAUCAAACUGGACGAUGACACUGAGAUUUCAUACGACAAGUGUCUGAUUGCUACUGGUGGUGUGCCAAGAAAUCUCCAGGUCAUUGAAAGAGCAGGAGAGGAGGUGAUGCAGAAGACAACGUUGUUCCGCAAGGUCAGUGUGUCGCCACAAGGGGGCGAGGACUUUGUUUCAGCCCUGGAAGGCCUGUGUAAUUGAAUGAAACACUGACAC